AUGAUGCCAAGAUUGUUGAGUGCAAAAUUAAACACCAAAAUCGGUUUAGUGGAGGGGGGAAAUCGUUUUGUUACAAAAGUUCCGUGCCCUAGUGAUCAUAUUGGUAUAUAUGGUAAUAAUUUGGUAAAAAUUUGUUGGUGUCUCUGCUGGGGGAUUAAUUUGGUUAUUUUUUUGUGGUGCAAAGGUAAUGAGUUACUGUUCGAUGUAGAUUUGGGAGCACCAUUCUUCCCAGGAGGACCGGAAAUAUGGCACCAUCCAUUGGCUUAUUCCGCAGCGGCUGCAGAACUCCCUGGGGCAGCCCUUCAACAUGCAACCCUCGUCCAUCCGGCACUACACCCUCAAGUGCCCCCACCAAUGUCGUUACCACACCCAACGGCUUUAACAUCGGUCCAUGCGGCUUCUUUGCCGCAUUUCCUGCCGAGUCCUGCUUUAGCAUCGCCUGUGGGUUCGAGUUCAUCCCAGCCAGGUUUGGGGAUGAGUAAUCCGCCCUGCUCGACGCUUUUCGUCGCCAAUUUGGGCCAAUUCGUGUCUGAACACGAACUGAAGGAGAUCUUCGGCAGGUAAGUCAUUGUUUUAUUGAUCCGAGUUCGAUAUAUCGAAAAUUUUGAUUUAAUUUUGUUUCGUCUGGCUUUUAUGUUGAUGAGAAAGAUAAAGAGGGA